GUGCUGCAGGAUGGCUGAGGGCCGGUUUCUCUCCUUAUUUGACUACAAAACGGAAAAAUACAUUGUUGCCAAAAACAAGAGAGUUGGACUUUUGUACAGACUUAUUCAGUUAUCUAUCCUCGGCUACAUUAUAGGUUGGGUUUUCAUAAGGAAGAAAGGCUACCAGGAGACAGACGAGGCCAUACAGAGCUCCAUCAUAACUAAACUGAAGGGCGUCUCAGUGACAAACACCUCUGAGUCUGGUCUGCUGGUGUGGGGACCCGAGGACUACGUCAUCCCACCACAGGGUGAAGCUGUUCUGUUUAUCGUAACCAAUUUCUUAGAGACGCCGCACCAGAGGCUGGGACACUGUGCUGAGAGUAUUAAAGUGCUGGAUGGCCACUGUCGAGAUGAGGAGGACUGUGAGGAGGGGAAGAUGGUGGUGGCUGGUCAUGGAGAAAUGAGUGGACGAUGCUUAAGACAGGAUGUCAAUUCCACUGGCACCUGUGAAAUUUUUGGCUGGUGUCCCAUUGAAAGAAAAUUCAAACCACAAGGACCUCUGUUGAAAAACGCAGAGAACUUCACCAUCUACAUUAAGAACUUCAUCCACUUUCCCAAAUUCUCAUUCUCAAAGUCCAACGUUCUUGCAACGACCAAUGACUCAUAUUUGAAGAAAUGCCGAUAUGACAAGGAGGUCUCUCCGUACUGCCCCAUCUUUCGCCUGGGAGACAUCACCCAGCAAGCUGGAUACAAGUUCCAGGACAUGGCCACAUUUGGUGGCUCGAUCGGCAUUAUGAUUCGGUGGGACUGUGACCUGGACAACGGCUAUGAUAAAUGUAAUCCACAGUACUCUUUCACUCGCCUGGACAUCAGUGACUCUAACAAAACCAUCACAACAGGAUUUAACUUCAGACACACUCGGUAUUUUAAAAAUGCUGCUGGUGAGAGCUUCAGAUCUCUCUUUAAAGUUUAUGGUGUGCAAUUUAACAUCAUGGUGCAUGGAAAGGCCGGAAAGUUUAGCAUCAUCCCAACAGCCAUCAAUGUUGGCUCAGGACUGGCUCUAAUGGGUGCUGGAGCUUUCUUUUGUGACAUGGUGCUUCUCUACCUGAUGAAAAAGGGAGAUUCUUACAGGGAACGGAAAUUUGAGGUAUCCGGGAGUCAGAAAACUACACCAGAGACGAACAGUGUGGAGGACAGGAACACUUCUGCAGAGCAGGAGAAGCUCACCACUUAGAGAGAAAAGACACUGAAAUGCCCUUGUUGAUCCUGGAGACACUUUUCACAAUGGUGAACCUUGUACUAAUGUUGCAUCAUCUUUAACGUUGGUACCAUUUUAGAGCUUUGAAAUGCUUUAGAACAAUCGGCAGCAUUCUCUGAUGCGCCAACGUACAGACCACUGAAUUCAAGUUGUAUAUUUCCUGUUUUGUUUAUUCGAUGUUUGAUAUAUUUAUGUACU